GGUGGACGGGGCAGCCAAGAGGAGUUCUAGUACAAGUAGUAGGAGGAGUCUGUUUGUUGACAUCGGACGCAUACCAGAAUCAUAUGAGUGAAGAUUAUUUGUAAUAACACCCUUUCUCGCCCACACCAGGACACUUCGCCUUGGCGAAGGCUAAGGCAACCUACACUGCCUUGCCAUUGAUCUGAGCAGGAAAAGAAGAGGUGACUAUGGCAGCCAAAGCAGGAGACAACCCUGAUAGCCUUAUGACACUGGCAACAGUGUUUUGCUUGAAAAAUCUCAGGAACACCAUGUGUUACCAGGGUUUCAGAAACAAGCUCUGUCUCCGAUCUGACAUCUUUCUUCCAAGUGAAAUCUGUGACAAGUUGGUAAACACAUAUAUGGAGUUGGUUCAUACAAAUAGUAAUUUUGAUCCAGAGGAGAGUUUCUUCCAACUGUUCUCAGACCCUCGAAGCACCAGACUGACCCGGGUACAGCUCAGAGAAGACUUUGUGCGUGACAGAGACCUUGAAGCUAUAAGAAAACAGGACCUUAUUGAACUUCAUCUCAUCUACUGCAACAAUCUAUCGUCACGCAGCUUGAAAACUUUAACAUGUUUUCGAGACACUUUAGUUUCACUUUGUCUCUUCAACUGCAGCAACAUAUUUUUCAAAAAGGGCGGUGCUCCACUCGCUUGUAACGAUGACUCGGAGGAUAGCACUUCUUCUCGGCAAGCAUUAGAGACAGACUUUAACUUUGAAGGCUUCAACCGCCUCCGCUUGCUUAACUUAGGAGGUCUGUCUGAUGAGGUGGAUGUUGAGACCCUCCUCAGACCCCUCAAAUCUCUAACAUCACUAGAUCUAUCCAAUGUACAGCUGCAAGGUACAACAUUUCUCACCCAAUGGAAAGACAGACUAGCUUCUCUUGUCCUCUAUAAUGUGGAACUCACAGAGGAGCUGGUAAACACUGUACUGGAACUUGUUAAUCUCAGGCAUCUGGAUAUCUCUCGAGAAAGCAGGAAAACCUCCAGAUUUAAAAUGACAAAAAAGAUUCUUGUAGCCAUUGUACAGAGACUGAUCCACCUAGUGUCAUUAGACAUCUCUGGGCACAUUAUGCUAGACAACUGCACAGUUCCACACUUUGAAGAGGCUAUGGGCCGACCAAGUAUUGAGCCAUGCAAGAGUAGCAUUUACCCCUUCCAAGAACUGAAAAGGCCUCUACAGUUUUUGGGUUUAUAUGACACCACUUUGUGCAACGUGACACAUAUCCCUGCAUAUAAGGUAACUGGAUCAAAAAAUGAAGACCAAGUUUUAAAUGCCAUUGAAGCUUACACGGAAUUUCGUCCAGAGUUGGCGCACAGAGCUAUCAAUCAGUUAUUUGACAUAGCCAGGAUACAGCAUUGUAGCCAGCUCCUUAGAGCUUUGCAACUUGUUAUUGCAGCACUGAAGUGUCAUAAAUAUGAUAAGAGCAUCCAGGUGACAGGCAGUGCUGCCCUGUUUUACUUGACCAAUACAGAGUAUCGCAGUGAUCAAAGUGUGCGAUUGCGCAGAGAGGUCAUUGAAGUAGUGCUGAAUGGGAUGGAACAGUACCAGGAGGUUACUGUCCAAAGAAACUGCUGCCUGACACUAUGUAACUUCAGUAUUCCUGAGGAGCUGGAGUUUCAGUACAGUCGGGUCAACCAGCUGUUGCUCAAAAUACUGGAGCCAGCCAGGCAGGAUGAGUCCAUCCAGAGAAUCGCUGUUCAUCUCUGCAAUGCAUUAGUGUGUCAAGUAGACAACCACCACAAAGAGGCUGUUGGGAAAAUGGGAUUUGUCAAGACCAUGUUGAAUUUAAUUCAAAAGAAGCUGCAUGACAGAAUGUGUGACCAGGUAAUGGAGUUCUCAUGGAGCGCGCUGUGGAACAUCACUGAUGAGACGCCAGACAACUGUCAAAUGUUCCUCAACUGUCGAGGCAUGAGUCUCUUCCUUGAGUGUCUGCAGGAAUUUCCAGACAAACAGGAGCUUCACCGUAACAUGCUGGGUCUGCUUGGAAAUGUUGCAGAGGUCAAAGCACUGAGGCCACAGCUGCUCACCCCACAGUUCAUUACAGUGUUUAGUAACCUCUUGGACAGUAAGGCAGAUGGGAUAGAGGUGUCGUAUAAUGCAUGCGGCGUCCUUUCACACAUUAUGUUUGAUGGACCAGAAGUUUGGUCUAUGGACGAGCCCCUGCGAGAGACGGUCAUGGACAAGAUGUGGGAGGCCAUCCAGAGUUGGGACGUCAGCUCACGACGCAACAUUAACUAUAGGUCAUUCGAGCCCAUUUUGCGGCUGCUGCCUCAGACCAUCUCGCCUGUCAGUCAGCACUGGGCCACGUGGGCUCUCUACAACUUGGUGUCAGUUUACCCAAGUAAAUACUGUCCAUUACUAAUAAAAGAGGGAGGAAUAAGUCUUCUAGAGAAGCUCUUGGACUUGGAGAGCUCACAACCGGACACCAAGGAUAUGGCCAGAAAAGUAAUGGAACAAUGUGAAAAUUUUAAAGAGGAUCCUAUGGAAACCAAUCAUGGACAGGAGGUAAAUUAUGAACAAAGGGGCUGAAGCUGUAGGAGGCACAGUUUCAUGAAACAAGAAAAACUUCACCUGUCAUCAGCGGAAGGGUCAAAUUGUGUGCAUUACUCUUUUGAUUUUUUUUUUUAAUAUUUUGUUUGUAGAUCAGAUAUAUAUCUAUUUGGCCCUCCUCAUGGCAGUUAUAUGACACUUAAGACAUGGUGCAUGGUGUUUUUGAGGGUGCUUACUUUUGCUGAGCAUCUGUACCGGGCAGAUGUGAGGGGAGGUAUCUCUUCUUUAGUGUGUGGAUCAAAGAUGGUCUGAGUGAUGCCUGAGUCGUCUCUUCGCUCGCCAUUAACUGACAUAAUGUUUAGAAUGUGACGCUCAAGUUGUCCACUGUAUCAGAGCGGGAGGGCGGGGCCAUGGAGGUGAUUAGGUGUAGUCACUUUGUGUGUAGAACUGGUAACACUGCUGAGAGGGGUGUUUCUCUCCAUGUGGCACAAUGUCGGACUUCUUUGUUAUUUAUGUAAAUAUUCUUUGUCUUAUUGUUUUACUGUGUGUUUUUUAAUAUCUGUAAACAACCUCCAUAUUUAAACUUGUUUUUUCAAAAGCUCAUUGGUAAACUAUAGUUGUUAUACCAGUCCUUCUUGUGCAGUAAUGCUACAUAUUUAUACCCCACAAAUGAGUAGUUUGCUUCCAGUCCUGUUUUUUUGAUUCAUCAUAGGUAUUUUGAUUGUAUUAUUUUGGUCUGGUUCUAACACACCAUGGCAUGUUAAGACGUGCUGAUGUGGCCCGUACCCUUCCUGACUCAACCAUAUUUAUUACAGGCUUGGGACCAGCACAAAAAGUGACCACAUUUUGCACAGGUACAUUUGUGAAUAUCUUUGUAAAUAUGUAACAAGACAAUACAGACAACACAGAUUGAAAAUGUAACACCUAAAAAAAGUAGGCAGAGAGGAUCACUUUUUUUCUUAUAUUUUAGCCUAUUUUAUAAUAGACCACCACCUUGCUUUAUUUUACUUGUUUUAAAUACUAAAUAAUUUAUACAUCUAAUCAGAUUUUAACAAAUACAAGACAGGACCAUAUGUCUGUCAAGACUGACACUGAUCAACAUGCUGCUAUACUGAAUGCUAACUAACACAUUUAUUUUAAUAGCUAAAAGGGGAACCAGGGGUGCAUCAGGUUUCAUGUUGCAUACUAUUAGUUUGUUAAUUUGAACCAUAUCAUGGUAGACUAAAGGUCGAUCACUUUACUGUAAGUAUGUGACCUCAUAGUACAUUUGUCAGAUACACUCCGCAUCACAAAACUUUGUAGAUUUAUUCCUGCAAAAUUGUGUAGCUGGACAAAACUGUAACUCCAAUUGUAAACAACUGAAAGCUAUUCAUAUGAACAAUAGAGCCAGUGCCGCCACAUGCAAAGAUAUUUUUUUGUCCAAAGAGUUUGGCUUUGCUAAAAUGCACUUUUUAAACAUUCAUCAGUUAUAACUAAACAUUUUCCACCUCAGCUUCACUUCAUACAGUGUAUAAAUGUACAUGUAAAAAGCAGUCACUGAUGUCCACAGAAGGCCUCUCCUUUUAUCUUUUAAAAUGUGUGUUUAGAUGAGACCGAUAACUCAAAGUACUGCACACCGCUCUAACUCUAUGUAGCACAUCUCCAUCAAAAGUAUCUUCUGUCAUCAUCAGCUGAGUUAACUGUCUCUCUCAAAUGUGUUUGGGUGAUUUAGCCUGUCAGUUGAGUUUUAUGAAAACUUUAUUAAAGAAGCUUUUGUUUUAUUUGUAGGCUAUGUGUGGAUAGUCAGAGAAUCUGCUCAACUUACAGAAGGACUGGCACUUCCAUGGGUUAUUUAAUAGUCAAUAUUAAAAUCUGAGGAAGGCUUGCAUUUAAAAUUAUAUCAGCCUACUUUUGUUAAUUUUGUUAAUUUUUUUAGGUUUUCAAUGAAAUCUUUGGGAAUUAUAAAAUAAAAGUUACUGUUAAAGGUUGACUGUUAAACAGGCCUAACUGAAACUGUAGCCUGUACGACACUGGGUCAGUCGGUCAGUUUGUUUAGCACACUGAUGUUGUGCUUUGGAAAACCUUGUCAGCUUUUUGGGGUAAUUGAUUAUUAACCAAAUCAAAUGUUGCAGCAUUUAAAUAAAACUGUAUAAUAUGACAAGUACCAAACCAUUAUUAAGCAUAAGCAAUAAAGAUGGAGUGGUAAA